AUGUUGCAUUGGAAUGAGGAAGUGGAGUGGAGAGGGGAGGGACCGAGAGCGGAGCUGCCUCCUGCCGCAGCGGCUCUGCUGCGAGGUGGAGCAGCAGCACAUGGAGCUGGAGAGGACUGGGAGAGCUGUCUUCUGCCAGCCCCGGCCAAAGCAGAUAACCUGAGGAAAAUGGAAACUGAUGAAGCUCAAGACAUGUCCCAAGUUUCAGGAAAGGAAAGUCCUUCAGGAAGUGAUGUACCUGAUGAUUCAGAUGAACCUAUGCCUGUGCCAGAAGAUCUUUCUACCACUUCAGGAGGACAGCAGAAUUCUAAGAAUGAAAGAGUUUUGGUUACAUAUGGGGCUGAAGGCUUUAGGGAUUUUCACGCAUUAAUUCCCAAAUCUUAUUCUCCCAGUAAUGUUAAAAUAGAGACUCAGAGUGAUGAAGAGAAUGGGCGUGCCUGUGAAAUGAAUGGGGAAGAAUGUGCGGAGGAUUUACGAAUGCUUGAUACCUCGGGAGAGAAAAUGAAUGGUUCACACAAUGGCCAAGGCAGCAAAGCUUUGUCAGGAGUUGGAGGCAUUCGACUUCCUAACGGAAAGCUAAAAUGUGAUAUCUGUGGGAUCAUUUGCAUCGGUCCUAAUGUGCUCAUGGUUCACAAAAGAAGCCACACUGGAGAACGCCCUUUCCAGUGCAAUCAGUGUGGUGCCUCUUUUACUCAGAAAGGCAACCUCCUCCGUCAUAUCAAGUUGCAUUCUGGUGAGAAGCCCUUCAAGUGUCAUCUCUGUAACUAUGCAUGCCGCAGGAGGGAUGCCCUCACAGGUCACCUGAGGACUCAUUCGGUUGGUAAACCUCACAAAUGUGGAUAUUGUGGCCGAAGCUAUAAGCAGCGAAGCUCUUUAGAGGAGCAUAAAGAGCGCUGCCACAACUACUUACAAAGCAUGGGCCUCCCAGCCACUCUGUACCCAGUCAUUAAAGAAGAAACCAACCAUAGUGAAAUGGCCGAAGAUUUGUGCAAGAUUGGAUCUGAGAGAUCCCUCGUGCUGGAUAGACUAGCAAGUAACGUCGCCAAACGUAAGAGCUCUAUGCCUCAGAAAUUUGUGGGUAAGAGUUCAACGUUUGAUGUCUCUUAAAAAACCAAAUAUGCUAAUGGAUAUUUUCAAACUUGCUUUAUGCUAGGGGAUAAGGGAAAAAGAAUUAAAAAAAAACAAACAAACAAACAGGUAAGCUGAAUGGUUCUUCCCCUCUCUAGGUUCAUUUAUAGACAUUAGUUGGUGCUUAAUAAAUGUUUAUUGAUGGAUGGAGAGUUUACA